CCAAUUAUGACGCGGUCCUAAUAUACCUUUCAGUAUAGGUUUUACUGAAUUAAUUAAUGAAUUCGCAUUAUAAUUUAAAUCAUGCCUCAUAAUUUAAUAUGGUAUCAGGUAUCUUACCUGACGCACAAUGUAUGGGCACUAAUUAAAUAACAAUUAUCAUUAUUGGUUCACCAAUUGACUCGGGUUUUCCAUUACGAUGCAUUAAAAUUAUUCGUUCAGUGAUUAAACUAUCAUUUUGUGGUGCGACAUGGCUGCGUCAAUACGGAUAUUCUUGGCUCUGGUCGGCGCGGUUGUGAUAAACGGAGAAAAUGCUUUCGACGACCCAUUUUUCAAAACGAAACCUUUUCCACUGUCUAGAAAGUCAGAAAACUCACCGCAUGAACAUAAUGUGGAGAAGUUUACCGAGCAGCACUCCAGCAACGCAUUCUCCUUUAACAACAAUGGGAACAAUCCGUAUGACGCUUUCCACUCGUACCUACAAGGAGGGUUAGAUCCCUACUUUGCGUGGCCUUCCAUGGGUAACAUGGGUUUGCCCAAACCUUUUAACCCCAUGAAUUUUGGAAUGCCUGGAUUUAACAACAUUUUUAACAUACCUGGUCCUAAUGGGAAUCCAACCAACCAACCAAAUAAUAACAAUGGAGGGGAAGUAGGAAAGAAGCCAACAGGUCCAGUAACAGCACCAGAAAAAGAUCCUAAAGCUCUCGAGAAUAUGCCUCCAAAAACUAAUCUGGACAAUGAUGAUGCAGGAAAAGGCGGCAAAGAUGUGGAAAUAGACAAGAAGAAAGAUUAUUUGUUAAUGGGAUCAGGUGGAAACGGAAAUAACAAUAUGUAUCUCUUACACGAGAAUAUGCCAAACGGCAACCCAGUUGUUCAACCUACUCAGCCUGGCAAUGUUAUCUAUGUGCCGUACCAACCUGGACAAGGUUCACAACUUUAUCAAGUAGUCGCAACACCAAACAAUGUACCAUUAGCACCUGAAAAGCAGUUUGUCAACCCAUUCAGCAGCGUUGUAUCAAACCUUCCAUCAGCCAAUAACCCACUUAAUCAAAACAAUGGCUACAUCUUGGUUUAUUUCAAUGGACAAAUGAUACAGAUACCUGGUGUUAUUCUAAACCCACCACAAAAUUAUUUACAAAACCCGGUACAAGGAAAUAAUGUUCCUGUAGUUCAAAAUCCACCGACAAAUAACAUGUACACCACCAUGCCCAACCAAGGUACGAAUAACAUGUACAUAGCUCAGCCUAACACGGGAGCAAAUAACGUAUAUAUAGCGCAACCAAACCCAGGAACAAAUCCACAGUACGUUGUACAAAUGCCAGGCUCAAAUACUGCACAACCGAUUAAUGUCCCUAGUAGUCAGGGAAACCCACAACCGGCUUACCAGCCAAACGGUCCUAAUAACGGCUACUAUCAACCAACCAUGCAAGGCAACCAGGGAAACUUCCAAAACCAACCAGGCAAUCAAUAUCAACAUAUGUCAGCUCCUACAAACAGCGGAUCAAAUGGAUACGGGCAACCGAAUAUCCUUAACCAGGGAAGCAAUCAGGGUGCUGGCUCUCAGAACCCUACCAUAACUUAUCCAGCGGUUGUACUGCCCAUGGAUAGGAACGGGAAUCAAGGGAGCCCGAUGGUAAAUACGCCGAAACACGAUACAGCGAUGACCCCGACAAACAUUCAGCCCACGCCUCAACCCCCAGCACCGAACAACAGCUUAGAUCGGGAUACCUUGUCGAACUAUGGUGCGAUACCAGCUGUCAUGAUCGCCGGGUACAAGGAGAAUAAGAAGGACAGUCCUGCUAAGGUAGAGCGCGAAGCAGAUAAACCAGAGAACAAAGAAGAAGUUAAAAUAAGGCCAACGUAA